CACACUCCUCAGCUCAUCUCUGCCCCUGUUACACUGUACACAACAGCAUGGCGCUUACUUGCCUCCUCAUCGUCCUCCUCUGCGUCUCACUGUCGCUCCUCUUCGUCAACCAUGCAGAGGCGGGAGAGGUUGGGGUGAGCUACGGAAGGAUCGGGAACAACUUGAUGGACCCAGCGUCGGUGGUCCAGCUUCUGAACCAGAACGGGAUCACGUCGAUCAGGGUGUACGACACCGACGAGGCGGUCCUGAACUCGAUGGCGAACACCGGAAUCAAGAUCCUGGUGGGUCUGCCCAACGAGCUGGUAGCCUCUGCGGCGGACGACCCUUCGUACGCGCUCCGGUGGGUGCAAGACAACGUGAAGCGGCACUACCCCGACGCGAAGAUCAAUGGCGUGACCGUCGGGAACGAGGUGUUCAACCAGGCAAGCCAACUCACCUCGAAGCUGGUCCCGGCCAUGAAGAACGUCCAGGCGGCUCUCGCCAGGCUAGGCCUGGCGGACGCCAUCAAGGUGACCACGCCGAUCGCGUUGAACGCGCUCAAGCAAUCGUCGCCACCGUCGCAGGGCGCGUUCCGGGACGACAUCGCGCAGUCGGUGAUGAGCCCCAUGCUCGACUUCCUGGACCAGACGGGUUCUUACCUCAUGGUCAAUAUCUACCCGUAUUACACGUACAAGGAUCAGCAAGGCGAUUUCUCCCUCGCCUACGCGACGUCGGGGCAGAACGACGGCGUGCUCGACUCUGGGACGGGAGUCAGGUACUACAGCCUGUUUGACGCGCAGCUAGCCGCCGUGCACUAUGCGAACCGCAGGCGCGGCCACCCAAGGGUGCACGUGGUGGUUGGGGAGACGGGGUGGUGCUCCUACUGCAACAACGCCGUGGCUUCCAAGGAGAACGCCGCAAGCUACGUGAAUAACGUCAUCCGGAGCACGCACUCCUCCUCCGGCGGCAGCGCCGGCACCAUGGGCAGCAACAGGACGCUUGCCGUGGGUGCUGCUGGGGCAGGCACAAACGGUGACUUCUCCGUGUACAUCUUCGCCCUUUUCAACGAGAACCAGAAGCCCGCCGACGAGCAGAACUUCGGCCUGUUCUACCCGAACGGGCAAGCGGUGUACCAGGUCGACUUCAGGGGUGGCGGCGGCGGCGGAGGAGGAGGAGGGACGGCAAGCUGGUGCGUGGCGAGGAGUGAUGUCGGCGACGCGCGGCUGCAGGCGGCGCUGGACUACGCGUGCGGCCACGGGGCGGACUGCAGCGCUAUCCAGCCCGGGAAAGCGUGCUACGAGCCCAACACCAAGGCCGCGCACGCGUCCUACGCCUUCAACGACUACUACCAGAGCAAGGGCCGGGCCAGCGGGACGUGCGACUUCGCCGGCGCCGCCUCCGUCGUGUACCAGCAGCCAUCAGGCACCUGUGACCCGAAGGCGGCGAGCUGGUGCGUGGCGAAUGCGGCCGUAGGGGACGCGCGGCUCCAGGCGGCGCUCGACUACGCGUGCGGCCACGGCGCGGACUGCGGCGCCAUCCAGCCGGGGGCGCAGUGCUUCGACCCAAACACCAAGGUCGCGCACGCGUCCUACGCUAUGAAUGACUAUUACCAGCGCAACGGCCGUACUGCCAGGUCCUGCGAUUUCGGUGGCGCCGGCUCCGUCGUCCACCAGGCACCAAACACAGGUAACUGCGUCCUCCCAUCAAGGGCCUGAACUGAAGAAAGGCAGCGAGGACUAAAAGCCUUGACUGUUAGCUUGGCAUAUGAGAUGAUAAUAAACUCUGCACUAUAGCUACUUUCGAACAAGUCUAGUUUUCUGCUAUACAACUAGGCAAAUAAACCCCAUGUACUUGCCAAUCCGCCGGUAGCCCGGUGCAUGCUAAUCUAUACUUAAAUACUUAAAAUGCCAGCAUUCCCCGAUUAAAAAAAGGGUCAAUACCAUCAUGAGUACUGUACUACUUUGUGCAACUGAUCAGCUCAGGACGGUUUAUGCA